CAGGAUUGAGAGAAUUUGGGAAGCUUUUCUGAAAGUAAUAGGAAGUAGUGACACGGUUUAGGAUCAUUGUUACAGUAGGAAAAUAUGAUUUGAUGGUAAUCAUACAUAGUGGCCAGGAAGGGAUAUAAUGGCUAGUGCUGCAGUUAUUGGACUCAGUGGAGGAAAGAGGCUUUUGGGUUCAUUAUACCAUUACUCUGAUAUUAUAGAAAAGCUUUCUUAUGGAAGUGAUUUUGGAUCCACACAGUAUCAGAUUGUUUCAACAAAAUCUGUGAUAGUUGCCAAGAAGUCAUCCAACUACACUCCAACUUUUCCAGCAUCGAACCGGCAGAAUCAGUCCAUCAAGGCUCUUAAGGAGCAUGUUGAUGAUGCUGCUACCGUUGCGGAGCCAUGGUUUCAGAGUUCCAGUUCUAAUGACUUAGAAGUGGAAAGCUCUGAAAUGGGUUAUUCUGUGGAGGCUCUUCUUUUGCUGCAGAAGUCAAUGCUGGAAAAGCAAUGGAGCCUUUCCUUUGAAAGGGAAGUGCUGACAGAACGUUCUAGUAAAGGGAAAAUCCGUAGGAAAGUGGCAGCGGUGACAUGUUCUGGAGUGUCUGCAAGGCAAAGAAGAAUGAAUGCCAAGCGGAAGACUGUGGUUAAAGCCUGUGGUGCUGUGCCGCUGAAGUCCAAAAUCAGUCCAGAGCGGCUUCAAAACCGUGUGAAGGGUUAUGUGAAAGGAGUAGUGAGUGAGGAAUUGCUCUCUCAUGCAGAAGUGGUUAGCCUAUCAGAGAAAAUAAAAGUUGGGCUUUCCUUAGAUGAGCAGAAAUCCAGAUUGAAGGAGAGACUGGGAUGUGAACCCUCUGACGAUGAAAUGGCAACUUCAUUGAAGAUGUCUCGUACUGAACUACGAGAAAAAAUGCUAGAGUGCUCUCUGGCAAGAGAAAAGUUGGCUAUGAGCAAUGUUCGCUUAGUUAUGUCUAUUGCUCAAAAAUAUGAAAACGCUGGUACAGAAAUGGGUGACCUUGUUCAGGGUGGCUUGAUUGGACUACUUCGUGGUAUUGAAAAGUUUGAUUCUUCAAAAGGGUUUAAGAUUUCAACCUACGUUUACUGGUGGAUACGUCAGGGUGUUUCAAGAGCCUUGAUUGAGAAUUCAAGAACAUUAAGAUUGCCUGCUCAUUUGCAUGAGAGAUUAUCUUUAAUCCGCAAUGCAAAGUUUAGACUAGAAGAGAGAGGCAUCACUCCAACUAUUGAUAGGAUUGCAAAACACCUUAACAUGUCUCAAAAGAAAGUCAGAAAUGCCACUGAGGCAAUCAACAAAACUAUCUCGCUUGAUAGAGAAGCAUUCCCCUCUUUGAAUGGUCUACGAGGAGACACUCAUCAUAGUUACAUUGCAGAUAAUCGCGUUGAGAACAUCCCGUGGAAGGGAGUAGAUGAGUGGGCACUAAAGGAUGAAGUGAAUAAACUCAUGAAUGUGACCCUUAAGGAACGAGAGAGAGAAAUUAUUCGACUUUAUUAUGGACUGGGUAAAGAAUGUCUUACAUGGGAAGACAUUAGUAAACGGAUGGGUUUAUCGAGAGAAAGAGUAAGGCAAGUUGGACUUGUUGCAUUGGAGAAACUAAAACAUGCUGCAAGGAAGGGAGAAUUGGAGGCAAUGCUGUUGAAACAUUGAAUUUGAACUCAUCACAGAAAUUUGUUACAAUGUAUAUAUACAGAGCGGAAGUAUGUACCUACAAAUUUCACUUCCUCAUUCAAAAAGAGUACAACGAUAUAAGGGAACAUUGAAGAUCUGUAAAUCCCCUUUAAAAUGGUUUUAGUACCAAUGAAUAUGGGUAAUUUUGGUUUUAA